GCUACACUGACAACAUGAAUUUGCCACGUUUCCUCAGAAGAAAACGGUUAAGUUGGAAAGUUUUAGCAAUAAUCGCGUUAUUAACGAUAGCAAUAUACGGGUAUAUAUACUACUAUCGUUCAGCAGAUCUACCAAAUCCGAAAGUUUACCUUAAAGAGCGACGAAAACGCUUCAUAGACUACAAGGCAUCCGAGUCAAACAGGAAGGGUCUUGGAGAAAAAGGCGAACCUGUGAUUUUAGAAGGAGAAGAAAAGGCAUUAGCAGCAUCUUUAUUUAAGAAGGAAGCAUUUAACAUCAUUGCCAGUGAUAAAAUAUCAUUAGAGAGAUCAAUCAAAGAUGUACGAGAUUCAAAAUGUAAAGAUUUAGAAUACCCAAAAGAUUUACCAUCCGCAAGUGUUGUCAUCAUUUUCCAUAAUGAGGCUUGGUCACCUCUACUUCGGACAGCUCACAGUGUGGUUAACCGGUCACCCCCGGAGUACCUUCAUGAGGUCAUCCUGUUGGACGACUUCAGUGAUCGGCCGGAGCUUGGGGAAAAAUUAAAUAAGUAUGUGGAGGAAACAUGGCCUGAUGGUAUCGUUAGGAUUGUCCGCACGAUGGAGAGAAGCGGCCUCAUCAGAGCGAGGCUGGCAGGAGCCGUAGCAGCUAAAGGCGAUGUACUCAUCUUCCUCGAUUCUCACUGUGAGACAGCUACUGGAUGGAUUGAGCCCUUACUAAGUAGAAUUAAAGAGGAUCCUACAACAGUGCUGUGCCCCGAGAUAGACCUCAUAGACAAGGAUACACUCCAGUAUGGCGGCACGGGAAGUUUCUCCGUGGGCGGGUUCUGGUGGAGUCUUCAUUUCUCGUGGCGUCCAAUUCCUAAACACGAAAGGGACCGUCGCAAAUCUGACAUUGACCCGAUUAGAUCUCCAACGAUGGCUGGAGGACUGUUUGCAGCUGACCGAGAAUUCUUCUUCAAUGUCGGGGCUUAUGAUAAUGGCAUGGAUGUAUGGGGAGGAGAGAACCUCGAAAUAUCCUUCAGGGUAUGGAUGUGUGGAGGCAAGCUGGAGUUUAUACCUUGUUCCAGAGUUGGCCAUAUAUUCCGUUCUAGUCAUCCCUACACAUUUCCAGGAAAUAAAGAUACACAUGGUAUAAAUUCAAUGAGAUUGGCCGAAGUGUGGAUGGAUGAAUACAAACGUCUGUUUUACAGUCAUCGGCGGGACCUCCUGGGCCAAGACUAUGGAGAUAUAUCGGAGAGAAAGGCUCUCCGCGAGAAACUAAAGUGUAAAAACUUCAAAUGGUACCUCGACAAUGUUUAUCCAGAGAAGUUUAUACCUGAUGAAAAUGUACAUGCCUGGGGUAUGGUGAGAAACCCCGGAAGCAACCUUUGUCUUGACACUUUGGGUAAAGAUGAGAAGACAACAUUUGACGUGGGACUUUUCAGCUGUCAGAACGGUGCCAGUGCUAGCGAGGUAUUUUCUCUGAGUAUGGAUAAAGAGCUACGUCGAGAGGAAGGUUGCAUGGCGUACCAUGGACAAACUGGCGGCCACCCACAGCUGGUCAACUGUAAUGGGGCAGCCAACCAAAAAUGGCAGCAUGAUAAGAAUACUGGCACCAUUGUCCAUGAGGAGACAGGUCUGUGUCUGGAUCGCGAUAAAGUCGAGUCCGGAGGGUACAGUUUGGUGAUGACCUGUACUCCCUAACAAAGACUCCCAGAAGUGGGCCUUUGAACACUACCUCGACAUGUAGCCUCUUGUACCUCGACAUGUAGCCUCUCGUCUAGCCUUCUUACACUGGUAGGGCUACAGGAAUGUGUGGAAAUCUACGCAACAGUUCAACUGCAAGUCACAAACUACUACAUGAAGGUUGAUCCACGGUACUGCCUGUAGGAACCGGUAGACAACCUUCACAACACUACAGCAAGUCUCAACUGUUGUCUGUUGCAAUUAAUGUAUGAAUCAUUAUCGACAUAUCAAGAUAUUUAAUAUUUUUUCAUGCUAUUUCUGAAAAUAUAAAAUUUGAGUCCUUCAUUCUUUGUACACAAGACACAAAAAACUGUGUAUAUAUUUGUGUGUUUUUUUCUGAUAGAAGGUAAAAAUGACAAAUAUUAUUAGGUACUAGAACGUACGUAAAUAAGACUCAAAGUCUGUUUCUUUUAAAAGUAAUCUAAAAAUAACAUUGUCACCGGGGGAAAUGUACAUAGUUGGUUGGUUGGAGUCAGACGUCACCUAUCAUAUAUAUAUAGGGUUACCAAUUUGAGGGCUUAUGAUUAUUUUCUGUUGAAUAUGAGAUUUGUGAUAAAUAGAAUCUUAAACUUGUGUCCAUGUGAUAUUGAAAUAUGGAAUUGGUUAUUAUAGAAAAAAAUAACAAAUUUUGACUACCAACUUACCUGUACUAGCAAUAUUUACCCUAGCUGCAAAUAAGUUGGUCGUCAAAUUUUGUUAUUUUUUCCUAUACAUAUAAUAUAUUUUAUAAAGCAGAUCUGUUUGUAAGUAUUGAUGUAUUAUAGAAAACAGAUGUGUAUGUAUUAUCUACUUUUUUAUAAGUAUUGGUUCAUAAAAAAAUUGAAUCUCUGGGUACGAAACUUAAAUCAUAAACUCAUUUAAUCUACCUUUUGCUGGGUUUAUCGCCCGUGAUCAGCCAAGGUCAUUUUGUGGCAGAUCUACUUAGUCACCAACUGCACAACAAAUGGGAGGUCUUUUGUAUGUCAUCCAAAGCGAUAAGGGUAAAGUGUCUAGCCUAAGAACCAGCCACGACAGCAUAGACUGGCCAGUUUCUCAGCUUCCUGAGAAACACAAACCGACGCUGGUAGGGAACAAACCUCAGAUCUCCACCUGAGGUUACAUGGCUGGCGAUCUAACAGACUGAGCUAUCGCACCUCCUAAAUUAUUCAGCUGUUUCAAGUUAAUAUGUUGACAUAUAGAUUAUUUAUUACAAUAUAUCAUGUAUAAGUAUUAAUUUAUGCAUAUUUUCUUAAAGCCACAGUUUUAUUAUAUCAUUACUUCGGGUACUGUAUAUUUUUACAUGACUGACUUUAUUGAUAAGUUUUAAAAGUUUAAAGGAUAUUAACUAAAACAGGUUUUGUGACAGUGGAGUGAAAAUUCCUGAAUUUCUUAUAGAUUUCUAUGAUUAUCUUUAAACAUUUGUAGCUUAUUGUCUCAAAUAUGUAUAGAUGGCACACUUCGGAGAGAGUAUGGUUCAUACAGACAUUGAUCAGUUCUUGAAUUUCAGAACAGUCACAAACUUUUGAAUUUUCCUGCAAAGUGCUUGAAAAUUUUUCCUGUGAGUUGCGGAAUUAAGGAAUUUUUUUAUUUUGUUUUAAAUUUAGAAUUUUUAAGAAAUUUACUUUUAGCAACCAGACUUCAUCUAACAGGUUAUUUGAAAACAAAUUCCAUAUUUUUUUUUCAAAAUUAUGUAAAACGCACUUAAAAUAUGAAAAAUGCUUACCGGUAAAUAGUACUUGAAUGCACAUGUACAAAUCAUGGAGUGGCAUAAAAUUAUGAGGAAAAAAACCAUGUUGAAUGAAAAGACCUGUAUAUUUUGUACAAGAAGUAUUGAAAACAAACGUCCAAACCAUUCAACGAAGAUGUAAAUAUUUUGUUAUUAAUGUUGAGGAAUGGCAGAUAUUUGUUUGAGAAUAAUAAUGUUAAACCAUGAUAGUGUACAAAUGCUAGGAUUUAAUUUUCUAUGUCACACAAUGUGUUAAUUAUCAGUGAGAUGUGAUGAUGGUUGUGUACCUCUUUACUAUAUACAACUCAUUGUGUGGUAUUCAGAUGUAUCCACUGUUUUUCUCAUUGUUCUCAUAAACGCCUUAAUUUCACAGGUGAAAUAUUUGGUUCAUGGAAUAAAUUUUCUGGGUACAAACUACAGGUGACACCAUUUAUUACCAACAGUUUUAUCAAGUUGAAAUUGAAGCUCUUGACCUUAGUAGUUAUACUACUAAGUAUGUAUGAUCGAUUAAAAAUACCCUGAAAACAAUUCAGUAAUUGAAUGGUGUAUAAAGUUACAUAGCUUUCAAGUUUCAAUGUUCAUCACAUCUAAUGCAUGUCUGCAUGAUUCAUAUUUUGAUUUUUUUUUCUUAAUUAUUGUGUAAACUGUAAAGUCGCAAAAUGGAUUGAAAUUUAUUAUAUUCUGUAAUUUUAAUUUAUAAAAUAAUCAUCAUUGACAAGUUAUUGUUACAAAUGUUGUCCCUUUUUUUAUUUCUUUGCAAAUGGCAUUUCAUUUGAGGCAUUGCUAUCCUUCAUGUUAACGCAAAAAUAAAUAUUUUAAGAUAUGGAAAUUUUCUGGUAGAAAAACUCCAUUAAUGUCAAGAUUCUCUGUUUCCAAUUAUUUUAAGCACAGUGCAUUCCUAUCUGCAAUUUGCCAGAAUAAUUAGGAUAUUAUUUUGGUAUGAAAUAAUUGGUGAAAUUUGUAUGCUUGUCUGCCUAUAGUCAUUAGGAGUGAUCUUGAUAGAUAUUUUAAACCCAUUUUUUGUACUUUAAUAUUAGAUUUUGGGAUGUUGCAAUAAUAUACACACUACAUUUUAAUGUAUACAGGGUCAGUGUGGGUCACCUGUCACUGUAAUUAUCCUAUAAAAACCAAGGGUACAACACAAAAAUUUUAAAAUUAGUAAAAGGUUUAUUGCAGGAAAACAACAUAGGAAUUGUGUUUUACUGAGCUGCAGUAGACAGGGGAGGGCUUAUUACUGGGCAUGAGCUUAUUGCUGGAUAAAUACGGUAUUCGUGUUUCAGCAGUUGUAUCACUUUUGCACAUACAUAUAUGUAACUUUUUUUUUUAACUUAUAUAUUGAUAUACAGUUGUGUGUAAAACAUCUGGCAUGUUAACACUUUUGACUGAAUAGAAAAAACAGUUUCACCCAAAUUUUGACCUGUCAUAUGCAGAAAUACUGCUGAUUUUCAUCUACAACAUAAAUCAAUAUACUGUAUUUAAAAAUAAUGUAAACAAAAUAUCCGAUAUAACAGGUAUCAGGACAUACUUGAUAUUUGUUUAUGAACUGGAGGUAUUGUACUUAGGAUUACAUUGAGUGGCUUACUGUAUUUAUCUUGUGUUAAGCCCAGAAUGCCAACACACAAAGUCUGCGUUGGGCUUAUUACAGGAUAAGGAAACAGCAUGUGAUGAUGAUUUACUGAACUACAAUAGACAGAUGUGGGCAUGGACUUAUUGCUGAUGAUUAUACAGAAUUAGCAAUAAGUACAUCACAGAUUUAUUACCUGGCAUUGGCUUAUUGCUGAUGAUUAUACAGAAUUAGCAAUAAGUACAUCACAGAUUUAUUACCUGGAAUUGGCUUAUUGCUGAUAACAGUUACAAUAUUAGCAAGAAGUAGGAUGUAGAAUUAACACAUUAAAUUGUAACAUAAAUUUAUAAUGAUUGUACAUAUGUAUAUAAAAUGGAGAUAUAUUUUAGACAACAAUGAUAAAUCUAUCGGUUACCAUGUUUACAUUGAAAUACUUUUGAGGUAUAUUUUAGAUAUUUUGAUAAAAGGCUUCUACAUCCAGUUAGUAUAUAGACAAUAUUAUCCCAGCCUACUAUAAUGCAGAGAGUUGGGAUGAUUUCACAGGGACUUGGCACAAUUAUCCCAAAGUCCCUGUGUGUAUGGAUAAUAUUUUCUGCUUACUAACUGCAUAUAGUCACCUGUGGUUGGACCGAUACAUUUCAUGAUCAUUUUUUAUCAUUUCAUUUUCACAUAUUAAUCAUGAAAUGGUUUGAUACAUUCAUCAGGACCAAUGGCAGUGUGUAUGGUGUGUUUUACAAUUCCCGUUGACUCGUAUGAUACAUAUAAUGUAUUACUAUUGCCUGCGUGUGAGUGCUAAUUUAUUUGACUAUGUCUUGUAGCCUUUGAAAUACUGGUAGGUGUUCAUACUGUCUGUUUUAUCUGUCUCAAAACAAGUUCAUGUCCGUUUAUCUUUAAGAAAUAUUUUCAAUUUUGUAGUACUUUUGGGAAAAGACUGUCUGAUUGAAUUACUAGUGGAGUCUAUUAAGAAAUAAAAUAUGAGAGAAUGUAACUCUACCAUGAUGACUAUUUUACUAAGUUACUAAGAUUUGUACAUGUGAAUAAAAAUGAAAAUAUUGAUACAUGAAUGAUGGUUAAAAUCCUAGGAUCAGCAAUAUUCAUGUGUGAAAAUGAUGCCCAAUUUUCAGGGAAAAGUCUCUCAGGUUAAAAUUAAUGAAUGAAAAAAUACCUUACCAUAAUUUAUUUUCAGUGACAUUAUCCUAAAUGAAGAGAUAUUGUUGAUAGUUUACAGCCAAGCUAGAAGCCAAAAUGCUGACCUAAAAUAUCUAACUAGACAUGCAUAAUUCAGAGGUGACCAUGUGUAUAAUUUACACUAAAACAUACCUUAUACAAAUAUGGUCAUUGCUUGUCGUGAAACGAUGGAUAAAUACUUUACUUGACUGACUGAUAACUGUUCAGAAACAAAUGAUUAUCUCCUAAAAUCUUCAGCUGAUCAAUGUAACAAUAUGGUGUUUGCUCAUUCGUAAAUGAGAUUUUAAGGUUUCCAGGUAUUGUGAUUUCUCACAUACAAAUGUAUGAAUAAUGAAUAUCCUCUGUACAGAUGCAUUGGUACUGUCAAAUAUAUUUAGAUGGAAAAUCAGACAGGCAUAUCACGGAGAGGGAGCUUUGUCAACAACGAAAAUGUAGUAGGACCCUUUAUUGCCUGUUAAAACCUCAGCCUUAAAAGGUUUUUAUUGACAUAUGGCCUCACGUUUUUCAGGUGCUCACGUGUAGCUAUCAGAUCAGUCUGUGUUGAUACAAAUGCAAACAGAGUUUCAGUUGACUUUUUGUCAUACCGAUAAUUUAUUAAUUUUUUCUUCACGUAAUAUUCACCUGUUCAUGGCACAACAAAGGGAAAUAAUUAUGAUAGUGUAUGUAUACAAAGGGGAGAUAAUUCAAAGAUAUGCAUCUACAAAAAUACAUUUUAGCCAUUUUUAAGGGAAACACUGCCAAGGUUUUGCUUUUUGAAAUUCACUUUAUCUUACAACUUUUCUCACAAAUGCUUGAAAUAUUAGCUUGGAGUAAGUUAGCUAUUGAUCAACAUAUUGUUUAUGUAGUAAAUAGACUUUCAUUCCAUCUUGACUCUUUUCGUUUUUAUCGGCUUGUUGUGUAUAGUUCCCGUUUUUUUCAUAAUGUGAAUUUUAUUUUUAUUUUGUUUUUCAACAUACCAAUUACUUUGAUAUGAAUUUGCAACAUGUUGUGAUGAUUGCAUACUGGGAUCUUUUGCAUUUUGUUUUCUUUGUAUUUUUGUUUUCGCAGAUGUGAUCACAGCUUUCAAACACAUUUAAGUGAAAUAUAAAAAAUAAAAAAAAAAAAUAAAUAAAAAAAGAUAUUUGCAAAAAAUUGAUUAACACAGAUUUUUAGAGCAUAUCGCAAAAUUCUGCACCAUGAAAGUAAUCCUAAACCAAUUAUCUUCAACCUCAAGUCAAAAGUGUCUGUGUUGACCCCUUGGGCUUAUUACAGGAUAGAUAUGAUAUAUACAUGUACCAUACACAUAACCAUAUUACUUAUUAUUACAUAAUCUAUUUAAUUAUAUAAUUUUAAUUUUAUUAUAUCUACUUAAAAUUGAAGCAUUCCAUCAAAACAUCAAAUGACUUUAAUUAUGUAUUGAAUUUAAUUCCAUAGUGAACUACGUUUUAUGUAUUUCACAUUAUUCUGCAACAGCAUACAGUUAGGGAGUCCGAUUGCUCAAUCUUCGAAAUUCCAGGGAUGAGUUAACCUCAUUCUAAUUAAAAUUAAACUUGUAAUUUUCACUCAGUAUUUCUCUACGAUAGUGGUACACAUCAAAUUUAGUUGAUUUUAGAGGAGCAGAAUUUGCAAAUCUGAUUUUAAUUAGAUUAACGCUCACCUAUAAUCUCUUAACAAAAUAACUAUUAGUAAUUAAGAAUGAAAACCUUGGAUUCUGAAGAUGCUUAUGUUAUUCAUUUUCAAUAUCGAAUGUGUACACUGUGUGUUUGCCAUUGAAAGCAUGCAUGCUUUAAAUUACUUUUAACCCAAAAGUACUUACACUGAAAAUUCUGUAAAUUAUAAUUUAUUUUCUAAUGCUUUACCUAUAUGUGGGCGAGUGAGAGGGGAAAACAAGUUUGUAUGGAUACCUGUAAGGUCCAGAAAUAUGUUGUGUGGAAGUUUUGUGUGAAGAUUAUAUGUCAACAUGUAUGCCAGUUGAGAGUGAAUAGAAUUAAAUCGUGAAUAGUGAAUGGAAUUUUACAAGUAAUAGGAAAAGAUUACUCUCAACGUUCCUCAUCCAUAGCCUAUGUAAUUGGAAAACUUGUGUGAAGGAAAUAAUAUUGAGGAAACAUUUUUUACCUGUAGAUAUUGAUGAUUUAGUACCACUGUAUGUUGCUUUAAAGGCUUAUGUGAAAGCUUUAUUAAAUUUCUUUUUAAAUUUGCUAUACAUGAAGAACAAUAGACAGACAGAUUUAAGGUUUAGUUUGUUUGAAGAAAGUUUAAAGUAUAAUUUGUUUGGAGGAAGGAAGUUUAAAGUAGAAUUUGUUUGGAGGAAGUUUAAAGUAAAUUUGUUUGGAGGAAGUUUAAAGUAUAAUUUGUUUGGAGAAAAUUUGUUAAUGUUAUUGUUGAUGACAUUACUAAAUGUUUGGUUAUUUAUAAUUUUAUUAAAAGUUAGUUGAAAAUAAUGUACAUGUAUAUUGAAAUUUUGACAAUAGGUAUUAAAAAUUGUCAGGCAGUACAAUUACAUGCAUGUUUGAGUAAUCUCCCUUUAUCGCUAUGUCUUUGGUCAUUGUCAGGCUAUUUUCAAUGUCUUUGUUAAAUUAAAUUUGAUAUGGGAAUCUGAGUAUGCAGGUGAAAAGGUAAUUAUUCUGAAUUGUAAUAAUGCUGUACAUUUUGUAUUUCAUCAUAGACAUAUUGGUGAAUACACUCCAUGAAUUUUUCCGAUAUGUUUGCACAAGUUACUCAAUAUCAUAUAUUUUGAAAUGUGUAAUAUGGUUUUACUUAACAAGAAAAAUAAUAAAAUAUAACAAAACGA